AUGCUGGUCAACCUGCUGGUCAGCGUGCUGGUCAACAUGCUGGUCAACACGCUGGUCAACUUGCUGGUCUACGUGCUGGUCAACAUGCUGGUAAACGUGCUGGUCAACUUGCUGGUCAACGUACUAGUCAAUGUGCUGGUCAACAUUCUGGUCAACGUCUUGUCCAACACGCUGGUCAACUUGCUGGUCUACGUGCUGGUCAGCGUGCUGGUCAACAUGCUGGUCAACAUGCUGGUCAACAUACUAGUCAACAUGCUGGUCAACGUGCGGGUCAACACGCUGGUCAACUUGCUGGUCUACAUGCUGGUCAACGUGCUGGUCAACAUGCUGUUCAACAUGCUGGUCAACAUGCUGGUCAACAUACUAGUCAACAUGCUGGUCAACGUGCGGGUCAACACGCUGGUCAACUUGCUGGUCUACAUGCUGGUCAACGUGCUGGUCAACAUGCUGUUCAACAUGCUGGUCAACAUGCUGGUCAACAUACUAGUCAACAUGCUGGUCAACAUACUAGUCAACAUACUAGUCAACAUGCUGGUCAACGUGCGGGUCAACACGCUGGUCAACUUGCUGGUCUACAUGCUGGUCAACGUGCUGGUCAACAUGCUGUUCAACAUGCUGGUCAACAUGCUAGUCAACAUACUAGUCAACAUGCUGUUCAACAUGCUGGUCAACAUGCUGGUCAACAUACUAGUCAACAUGCUGUUCAACAUGCUAGUCAACAUGCUGUUCAACAUGCUGGUCUACAUGCUGGUCAACUUGCUGGUCUACAUGCUGGUCAACGUGCUGGUCAACAUGCUGUUCAACAUGCUGGUCAACAUGCUGGUCAACAUACUAGUCAACAUGCUGUUCAACAUGCUGGUCAACAUGCUGGUCAACAUACUAGUCAACGUGCUGUUCAACAUGCUGGUCAACAUGCUGGUCAACAUACUAGUCAACAUGCUGUUCAACAUGCUAGUCAACAUGCUGUUCAACAUGCUGGUCAACAUCCUGGUCAUAAGGAGAUUGCAACAUUUAUUGAUAGUUGGCAUGAGCAUUUCAUAG